CUUGUCUGUCAAAUGGUUUGGUAAUGUAAUAUAUUAUAUUGAACAAAGUUAUUUAUAAAUUGUUAAACUUAUAUAAAUCUAUGAAACUUACAUUAAAAGAUAAUGCAACUUUUUUGUAAAUGCCUCAACGUCGCUAUAGAGGUAGACGAUGAUGGUAUUCAGAAUAUUGGAAAAGCAGAUUUGGGGUUAUCUCCAGAAGAUAUUUCAGAGCCCAUUUUUCAAGAGAAACUUGGAAUUAUUAAACCAUUAUCAAUAGCAAAACAACAACCGUGCCUGUUACAAUCAGAAAAUUCUCAGGGAUGGAUUUUACAUAAGUGUUUGAAUUGCAAUAUGCACACUCAUGCUAUUCAAAAAGAUUCAAAUAGAACCAUUGUCGUCAAUUUAGGAUUAUUGAGCGACACAGCUGAAAUAAAUUCACUUCGAAAAAGUGAAAAAUUCUCACCUAUUUUUAAAGUUGUGAUUAAUCAUUCUAAUGUUAGUGAUGAAAUACAUGUUCCUACUAUUAAAUCAACAGUUUCACAAUCUUCUGACCCGUUACAAACGGCUUUAUCAAAUCUACAACAGCAGCUUACAAGAACAAUGCAGCAGGAAAUGCAGGCAACUGAACAAAGAAUUCGGAACUAUCAAGAAGAACAAUACUUGCAGCUAGAAGAGUUCCGUGAGAAAGCCCACAAUGACUAUAAUGCUUUAGCAGGGACAAUAAUGCUGCCCACAAAUCAGUCAACAAUGGCCAUAGUCAACAUGUCUAGUCAACAAAUUGGUAAAGAUAAACCAAAAAUAGAACUUACUGCAGCAAUCUCACCACCGUUAGCAACAAAUUCUAGUAGCACUAAUAGUAGCAUUGGAAUUUCACCAGUUAGAUCUUCUGAAAUGUUAUCAUCUGAUUUGGAUAUCCAGAGCAGAACAUCAGGAGAAACUAGAUCUCCACAUUCUUCAAGCAGGCCAUUUAAAUCCACCAAGUCUAAUGUAGAUUGUGAAGGAUUAUUCGACUUAGAAGGAAUGGAUGAUGAACAGGAUCAAGAAGAUGCUGCAGGAAAUGAUUCAGAUUCUUCUAAUGAAUCCGAUGGUGGAUUACAUAUGAAUAGUGCUAGACAGGCAUCAAAAUCAGAUCCAAAUGAAGGUGUCAUUGCUAGAAGUCUUCCCAUAAGUGUACCUACUUAUAUAUCUAUGCAUAAAGGUGGUCUAAUGGACAGUGAUAGUGAUUCCAUGACAACUGAUAGUGGAAUGGAUAUUGCAGCUAGUAUUAAAGCAAUUGCAAAAAGUGUUCAUGGUGAUGCAGUUUUUGGCGAACUACCAAGACCACGUUUCCGAACACAAAUUUAGGCUUAAAUAUAAACAUAUUUUAUAUCUGAUCACAAAAUAUAUUUUUAAUUAACUUUUGCUGAGAAAUAUAGCUACUAUAUAUUUGCUUCAGAUCCUCACAAGUUUUCAAUACAU